CCUCAAGGCAGCCAAGUAUAAUGAUACUUAUUGAACCCUGAAGUUGUAGAAUGCUUCUCGAUGCGCUUCACUACAUAUAUCCGUAAUGUCUCUUGACCCCUCGGUCAAUCAGACCCUCCAUACUCCACCGACAUCGGGAAGGUCGUCCCCGGUCUUCCCUCUACCACGUAGAAAUGUCGAGGACGGAGAUUGGAGGAAAGACAAGGCAUUCCGCCGAUAUGCCUCCGGUGUUGACCGUGCGCUCGCGGUAUACGAUAGCCCGCAGCAAGAAUGGGCGGACUAUAUAUCAUUCCUGGGGAAGCUGCUGAAGGCAUUGCAAGCUCACCCACCAGGAGUCAAAGAGGUUGCUCAUAAGCAGACUCUUUCGUCGAGGCUUGCACUAUGCAUGAACCCAGCAUUACCUUCGGGCGUGCACCAGAAGGCACUGGAAGUGUACGGAUACAUAUUUGCUACCAUAGGAAGAGACAUCCUCGCACGCGACCUCCAGCUAUACCUGCCAGGAAUCGUCGCAACUCUUAAUUUCGCCUCUCUAACAGUCAGACCCCUAUUUUUAUCGCUGUUUGAGACCUAUAUCCUUCGAUUGGAUUGCGAGGCAAUCAGACCGGCACUGAAAUCAAUCAUCCUCAGCCUACUUCCGGGGCUAGAAGAGGAGACUAGCGAAGACUUCGAUCGAGUACUGCGCGUUGUUGACGGUGUCAGGAAACGGCUCAGAGACUCAUGCGAUAUCUCCGAAGGGGAAGACCCUAAUUCGAAAGACUCGUUCUUCUGGCAAUGCUUCUUUCUGGCCACUAUAACUUCCACGUCGAGACGGCAAGGCGCUUUGGCCUUUCUAGUGCGCUUUCUCCCGAAGUUCCAAUCGAAGGCCUCACAAAAUGGGGGAGCUCAGGAAUCGGAGCUCACCCAGGCGGACCUGUCACCAGCGGCGCACGCCGUCAUUUCGCCCGAACCGGGCUUGUUGGUACGGUGCUUUGCCGCAGGUCUGUUGGAUCGACAGCUCCUGGUACAGCGAGGAUUCCUUGACUUACUCGUCACGCAUAUUCCGUUGGACUCCCCAGUCCUCCAGAAAACAAUCCAGAAGGAAGAUCUCGAGCGACUGGUUAUGGCAGCAACCAAUGUCGUUACCAGGCGUGACAUGAGCCUUAACCGAAGGCUCUGGGCAUGGUUCCUCGGACCCGAACCGAAGCCUACUGAACAAGAAGGUCGACCAAUGUCUCAAGAGCUCAAGAAAGUCUCCUCUUUCGACCCUGCCGCACUCAGCGCGGCGUACUUCGCACAAUACGGCUGCCAAUCAUUAUCCAGCGGGAUUCUCAAAAUGAUUCGACAGGAAUCCUCAUCUGCCACAGAAAAGGCACGACCUUUCAGGAUGUGCUUAUCGCUCAUGGAUCGGUGGGAGGUCGGCGGACUCCUUGUCCCUGAGAUAUUUCUCCCCGCGCUUGAAAGCGUGUUAGAAUACCACUCAACGGCGGAGUCAGAGCAGCUAGAUGAGGUGAUGCGAAGCGCAAACGUCUUCUUCGAUGGCGUAGAAAGCGGUCUCAUUUGGAGCAAAUUGUUUGAGCUUAUUCGCGACGCUUUCACCAAGUCUGAACUCAGCAAAGAGGAGAGGCAGCAUAAAUUGGAACUUUGCCGAUUUGUCGUACACCGCUUCAAUAUUCGCGAGGAGGAAAUGCUGCUCUACCAUAUACCUAUGAUCUGUCUGGCACUGCUUGUUGCCCUCGAAGAUACCGAUCAAGGUUCCGCCAUUGGUAUCGACGCUGCGGUUUCUUUGACCGGACUCAACAUUCUGGAUGCCCUGAUAAAUUUAUUGCCAGCUAGGGCAUUCACAAUGAGCGACAAAAGUCAACUUGACUCCGAUACGAUUGGCAAGGUUGUAAUCCUUAAAGCCAUAUCAUCUUUCUACGACGAAAGCCAAGGAAACCUAGAAGUUGCAGAGAGUCCAUUCAGCGGACUGUUUGUCGGGAGCAUGCUAUUACGCUACGCAUGUGUCGUUUACAUGAAGUUUCUAUCGAACUCGGAAACAGGCGACCUCGAGAUUCCGACAAGAGUCCUUGUGUCACUGGUCCAAAAAGUGUCCAACUCAUCAACAGCGUUGCGACGACUUGGAUUCGCAGACCUUCUGCUGAAAGCAUUGAAACCGGAAAUAUUGCAUGGGCUGUCUUUGAAUUUACCGUUCGCGAUCCUGAACUCAGUGUCUAAUGCCAUCGCCUCUCUACAACGACCGGCUGUUGGAAACGCUUUCUUCCAGCCGACAGAACUAGUACCCGUCCUGGAGUCCUUGCUAGGGCACAUAUGGCGCUAUCUUUCUCCAAGCAACCCUCGAUACCACGUUGAGGCAGUUCGGUGCUUUUGGCAACUCGAGAGCGUAACCUCCGAGGAGCGUUACGUCGAGGCAAUCUUGACCAAAAUAUUGUGCGAUGGCAUUAGCCAUUUCCAUGACGCGGAUCACAGCGGAUCGGAGAGUGCGAAGCGACUGGCCACACUCUGGACUCACAGUGUACAAGAGAAGGGCGACAAAUCGAAGUCACCGAUGAUCCGCAGGCCGAGUGGUAUGAACCUGAAUGGGGUUUCAAUGCUGAAUGUUGGUUUCGAUUCGAUGUUAAGCAGGCCAACCUUGAUCUUGCUCGAUGCCUUGCGAGAACCGGGCUCAGACGUCUGCGUUUUUACAGAAGAUUGGUUGCGGAAUCUCCCGAAUCUGGGGAGAAUCUUUGACCUUCUGCUCUCUGGUUUGAAACAGUCCCUGGAGUCGAUGCAGAGCAAUGGUCCAACGGGCCCUGGAAGCGGCAAGAAAUGUCUGUAUUACUUGCAACACGUCUCCAACGUCCUCAAGACUGCUUCAGAGCACACCUGGAUGAUUCUAGCCGGCGAGAGCUUUACGGACAUUGGGGACGACUCGAGUGGCCCUGAGGAAACCCUCCAAAUCUUCACCAUCAAACGAUGCCUGGAUGUGCUCAACUAUAAGGAUGGCUCUUCGAAUAUCAAAUCAGACAGCGAAGAACCUAUUCUUCAACUACAGCAGACUGCACUUGGCGUCAUCCGACAGAUAUCGCGAAGUCCCUUCUCAGGGCCAUUGAAAGAGCUGGAACUUGAGACCCCCUUAAUUGCUUUGUUACACUCCUCCCUAGAAAUGAUGGAUCCGCUUCUACAAGACUCUCUACUUGAGACCAUCCUCACUGUUCUACGUUUGCGAAACUGGAACCCCCAGGCCUCAACAGAGCGUCGACCACACAGCCGCAAGACAUCCAGAGAGCUGAGUAUCACUACCAGGAUCAUGCCAGCGCUCUCUGGAGGUGAAAAAGAACAGCGCCAAGAGCCUGAUUGGGUCCCUCCGCGUCAGCUGGUGGACUGCAUUCGUCGUGGAUUUACAUCACCUGCAAGUCGCGAUGUACUGGACAGUUGGGUCAAGUUCCUGGCGGAAGUGCUGCCUUUGCUCGCCGAAACCAUGUUCCAGAGUUUGAUACCGCUCGUUGAUACGCUGUGCAAGGAGAUUACGUCCGUGUUUGAACAGCUCCGAUCUACCUUUAGCAGCCCAUCCAAGGUUGUGGACAUUGCGCCUGAACCGACGUUGAUUAGCCUCAUGAACGGCCUUGAACAAAUUCUAGCAAGGGCACACGACAGGUUAUUAUUCGAAGAGUCAAAGCCAACCCAGGCAAAGUCACCGGAGCAGACCCAGAGCUUCUUUGGAAAUGUUGUCGGCGUUUUCGCUCCCGAGACCAACCAGCAGAGAUCAGCAACGGCAAACUCGAGGCUAACCGUCCUUCUUUGCUUCCAAGACUCUGUCAAAGUCGGCUAUGCAAUCUGGGCUUGGGGCUUGGUUGGGGCGAAGGAAGUGAAUCAUCCCACCUCUGCCGCUUCGUUCCACUAUACAUCAUUGCGGAUGAGGAAUCGGGCCAGACGACUUCUCGAGCAUCUAUUCACCGCGGAGGCGCUGGAAUGCCUUGAGACCCUAGCAGUCGUUUGGUGUCAAACGCCUGUUUCUGGUCCAGAUUCAAGGCUGGUUCUAAAUCUGCUUAAUGUGCUCAACGGCUCACGACCUCGACACACGAUCCCUUCAAUCUUCAAUGCUCUAUACAGCCGCACGAAUCCGAAUGCGCUUGACCCUAUGCGUAUGUCUACCAUGACCAGUGAUCUCACUGAUAUGGACCUUGUUAGCUUCCUUGUGGAGUACACACGGUCCAUCGACGAUGAUGCAAUGGAUGAGAUAUGGACGGACUGCGUUGCGUUCCUCAAAGAUGUCUUGACAAAUCCAAUGCCUCACCGGCAGAUUCUGCCGGCUCUGAUCGAAUUCACGGCUAUUCUCGCAGAAAAGUCAGAGAACACCAACUUUGGGGAGCAGAAGAAGAUGAGGAAAGAUCUAGUGGAUGUAUUCAUUCGACUCCAUACGGCCGUCUUUACAUCCCGUCCGAUGGGCGUUAUUCAGGAAUCGGCAUCGCCGUCGAAAGUUGGGAUGCAGACGAAUCGAUCUGCCCGCUCUUUCGAUAUCCUACCGGUCCUGUCCUCUACCGUACCAAAUCUUCAAGUUAUUCUCUCAGAGAACGAGAGAAUCGCAACUGUUAUCUCCGGAAUUUCCACUUCCAUAGUCGGGCCGGUCAUCCGUGCGAAAGCGUACCCUGAAAAUCUCAGCAAGGACUUUAUGAACCUUCUAACGCAGAUCUCAAAGUCGACUCCCGCCGCAAAGUCAUGGAAGAAGGACAUUACCGAAGCGUUCAGUGACCCCCGAUUCUUCAAUACCAAGCUCGACUACAUUAAACCCUACUGGCUCUCGAUCAUCAAACAACUCUGCGUGGUCGACAAAGCCCUCGUUACCGACCACCUCUCCAAAAUCUCCGCCCCUACUGCCUCCGGCUUGGUCUUCGGCGUCGGCGCUACCUCUGCGCGGCAAGAAGCAGACCGGAAGACUCAACUCGGUCUCCGACGUGGCGCGCUCUGCUUCCUCGCGAACCCCGACGACUCUUGCAUUGGUGAACUCCGCAUCGUCGAGGAGAAGAUCGUGGAGCUGUUCACCGCGACCAUCUCAACCGCCCCAUCAUCGAUCACCCGCGCCGAUAUAUUCCUGCUCCUGCGCGCCGUCCUCCUCAAAACUUCCGCGUCCCACCUCGAGCCCCUCUUUCCGGUCAUCAACGCCGAGCUGCAGCGCGUGAUUGCCUCGGUGUUGCCUCAAAGCGAAGACACAGAGCUAUACACUGCUGCAUCCGUCUUACAGGCCUGCAAAUUCCUCGACACACUAAUCACGAUCGCACCCGAUGAGUUCCAGCUGCACGAAUGGAUCUUCGUCACGGACACGAUCGACGCAGUGUACCGACCACCAAACCGAACUUCGUCGGCGCUGGUGGACGAGUUGGCAGAGGUGAUGGGGAAUGCGGACCCAAGCUUUUCGGCGACGUCGCAGCGAGCGGAUGUUGGGACGUUCGGGGCGCGGGAAAAGAAACAAAAGAAGCAGUCGUUCUUGAAACUUAUCAUUGCGAACCUGCGGGAGAGUAACAGCGGAUUUGAUGUGAGGAAAGUGGGAAAAGCAGAGAUGGCGCGACAUGUUCUGCAGCCAUUCUUUGGGCACUUGAGCAUCGAAGCGUUUGAAGGGACGUAUAGCAUGCUGCCUCCGGAUCGAGAGGCAUUCUUUGAUGAUCUACUAGAGGACCUGUUUGCGGAGGAAAUAGUGUCAACAGGAUAG